AUGAUAGGCACCUCGAUUCCGCAAUACAUGCUCAUUCGAACCUGCAUCCUCGGCUUCCGUCUGAUCACGCCCCUCGCCAUCUUCUACGUAUCCUUCAGUCUCGCUGAGCACCCGACCUCGGCCGGCGGGCGCUUCUUGCUCGCAUGGAGCAUCAUCGAAGCCCUGUUCUGGCUGCUCGUCUACAUACCCCGCAAGCGCGCGCUGCAGGCCUCGGCACAACACCCGCCCGUCCUCGCCAAAGAGGACAGGAAAGCGCUGUUCUGGAAGUGCUGGGAUAAGGUACCACAUCCGGAGUACUACGUCAGCCGGUGGUUUCUGGGCGCGAGGUCUGGCGAGGUGCGCAGGGAGAAUGUGAAGGAGUUCUACGCGUGGGCGCUGAUGAACAGGGGGACGGAGAGUGAGGAUGAGCUAGUCAGACGCGCGCAGGAGGAUCCCGACGCGAAGAUUGAGGAGGAGGAAGAGUUGAAGGAGUACGUGGACGGCAUUGAGACGAUGCUGGGGAGACCGAUUCUGCCUGGGCGUGGGCCGGCAAAGUGUCUGCGGCUGACCAUUGACGACGUGGACAUGCGCCACAGGCCGGUGGUGUGGUACAUGAUCGUCAUGCUCGUAGACACCCUCACAGCCGCUUACCUACGCUGCAACAACUUCUCCCUGCACCGCACCCACCUGCACUCCUCCCUGGCCAUCUUCCCUCCCCGCCCCGCCUCGUUCUUCGCGCGCCAGCUUUCCCCCGCCCAAGACCUGAGCUACUGGUACCGCCCACACACCUCCAAAACACGACUGCCCAUCCUCUUCAUCCACGGCAUCGGCAUCGGACUGAUGCCGUACAGCCAAUGGCUCUCCUCGAUCAACGACGAAGACCCCAUAUCGCCCGCAGACGGCGAAAUCGGAAUCAUCGCAAUCGAGAUAAUGCCCAUUAGCUUCCGCCUAACGCGUGCCAUGCCGCGGCCCGAGGAGCUGUGUCGCCAAAUCAACGCAAUACUCUUGCGUCACGGGUGGGACAAGGUGGUGCUAGCCUCGCACUCGUACGGCAGCGUAAUCAGCACGCACUUGCUCAAGGACGCCGCGACAGCGGCCAAGAUCGGGCCGUGCCUGUUCAUCGAUCCAGUCACGUUUCUGCUGCACCUGCCGGACGUGGCGUACAACUUCACCGCGCGCCGCCCGCGCCUCGCAAACGAGCACCAGCUGUGGUAUUUUGCGUCCAUGGACAUCAUGGUCGCGUACACGCUGGCGCGGAAUUUCUUCUGGAGCGAGAACAUCCUCUGGAAGGACGAUCUGCGCGCGCGCGACGUCACAGUGUCGCUGGGCGGACGGGAUCUGAUCGUCGACACAGAGGCGGUGGGCAAGUACAUCAGCGGCGUUGAUCCGAAGAGCGAGGAGAGGGGCUGGAAGGACAGGGCGUGGAAGGGCUCGGGCGUGGAGACGCUCUGGUGGCCGACGGCAGACCACGCACAGGUCUUUGAGCGCAGAGAGGGGCGGGCGAAGCUCGCUCAUGUGCUGCGCGAGUACGCGAAACGUAAGGAGCAAGUCGAGGAUGAGGAGUGGCUGUGA